AUGGCUGCAAAGCACCCAAAACGAAGUACAUCAUUUCUUCCACUAGAAAUCAUAGAAACUAUCCUAUUAAAUUUACCCGUGGAAUCUCUUCUUCGAUUCAAAACAGUCUCGAAAUCAUGGAAUACGAUGAUCUCCGAUCCUGCAUUCGUCGAAAAUCAGCUCCACCGAUCGAAAACUUCAAGCUCACGUAAUCUUCUUCUAGGUGAGUUGGGAUUCAGUCAUUAUAAUAGUGAAGAUUACUCUUUGGUUAAAAUCGACAAAGAUCGUAAACUCCAAACUUUACAAUUAUCGGAAUACCCUCCCGGCUCCAACGUUGUCUUAUCCUAUUGCGACGGCGUUCUGCUCUUAACCAACGACAGACAAACUUGCAUGGAUUUCGUGCUGUGGAAUCCAUCCACUGGAACGCAUGCAACGUUUCAGUUCCCGUACGAAGUAAACCCCCGUUCCCAGAAAAUUUACGGGCUUUGUCACGAUCCGAGAACCGGCGGUUUUAAGGUUGUUGUUGUUGUGUGUUUGAAAUACUACACGGUUUAUUCGUGCAAGAACAAUUCCUGGACGAGGAAAAAAGAAUUCGGUGACACUAGUUUUCUGGUAGUUUACGAUCCACAUAUUUUUGUUGACGGAGUUUUCUAUCUGCUCUUGAUGGAUCCCGGUAUAUAUCUUAUAACAUACUUUGAUCCGGUAGACGACGAGUUCAAGAUAUUGCGGAAGCCGGAGAUUGUAGUCGACCACCUAUGGAUUUACAUGGCUGAUUUGAAAGGGCGUUUGUGCGUGUAUUGCAAUGCGAACGACGGCCGCGGUAACGCGAUUCGAAUUUGGAUAAAGGGAGAGGGCGUCGGAAAUAAUUACUGGGAGGAGUUGAUAACGAUCGAGAAUGUGCCGACGUACAUUUGGUUUUUUAAACCAUUGUGUUUCGUCGAAAAUAAGAUUCUAAUCCAAUUAUACUCGAGCAGACUUGUGCUCUACAACCCUUCUGAGAAGACGUUUGAAAAAUUUGACAUCGAACGUUCUAGUGUCUACUGUGAGUAUUUUCCGUAUCUGGAUAGUCUGAUCGACCCCGGCGCGUUUUUUCCGGCACAAGAGAAAGAGGAAGUUGUAAUAGAAAAAUUAAUCAGUUGUUCGUAA